AUGACUCUACCGCAAGAAGCCGCAACCGCGGACAUUACACAGACCUGUCACCCGGCAAAGGAAAGCAAACGCCAGCUGGAAGCACAGGGCGGCGAGAAAUGCCGAAGGGCGCCAUACUCUGGGAACUCUGGCAUCCGCAGCCCCUCUAGAUGGCGGACCAAAAUGGCGGAGCACCACGAGGCACACAGACGAGUUACAGCCUCAUACCCUACUGAAAGCUGUGCAGGACUUGUGCCUUUACUGCUACAGGGGCAAUGCCCACUAUAUGAAAGGAAUUGGCUGAAUGUCAAGCUUUGUUUUGUUGCCUCAAGGGCCACCGUGCCCCACCUCCCCGUGGACAGUUACCAGCAAUGUUUUCCCCGUUUUCCUGCUCUGUCCCUCGGAUGA